GCUCAUUAUCAAGAGGCAGAGGAGCAGAACUUGCAGUACCAGAGAUGACCGCAAGAGGCCGGUAAAGCACACAGAAAAAAGCACACAGGAUGACUAUGAAAACAUUUGCCAUGCAAAAUUCCACUUGAUGUUAAGUAUAAAUAGACAUCCAACCCGACUGAUGAUCACGCUACAUUUGAAAGACUUCUCAGCUGAUCUUCACUUCAGGCAAUCUUCGAACCUGCAAGGAUGUCUGUUUCAGAAACCAUGAAAGUGGCCGCUCUGGGUCAGCCAUUCACCUUGGGAAUGCUCUAUAAUGCCUGCAAAGAUGAACUGAUCCCAGGUUUUACUCUGUGGGACGUGGCAACUCUAAGCAGCCAAACAUCAGAAACUGCUCAAAAGAGCAGCUCUUUUAAGAUUACGGCCUCUGACACCAUUGAAUCGAGGUCUUCCCUGAUGGAUAUUGACGCUUCCGUGAAACUCAGUUUCAUGGGUGGGCUGGUUGAAGUUGGAGGAUCUGCCAAGUACCUGAAUGAUCAGAAGAAAUUCAAGAACCAGAGCAGGGUAACUUUUCAAUAUAAAGCGACUACCAACUUCAAGCAGCUUUCUUUACCUGCUCUUGGACCACUGAACAACGAGCAAAAGCAAAUCAUUGAGAAAGGCAAGGCGACACAUAUCGUCACUGGCAUCCUUUACGGGGCAAACGCAGUCUUUGUGUUUGACAGUGAGAAGUUGGAAUCCAGCAGUGUUCAAGAUAUUCAGGGCAACAUGGAAGCUGUGAUUAAAAAGAUUCCUUCUUUUACCAUUGAAGGCAGAGCUAGCUUACAGUUGACUGAGGAGGAAAAAGCACUGACAAACAAGUUCAGCUGUAAAUUCUUUGGAGACCUCAUCCUUAAAAAAAACCCUGCCACAUUCGUUGACGCGGUAAAUGCCUACACUGAGCUUCCAUCGCUUCUGGAGCAAAAGGACAACACCGCUCCUCUGGUUGUCUGGUUGUAUCCUCUGAAUUCGUUGUACGCCGAGGCCCCUAAACUGAUCGAAGACCUCAGCAUGGCACUGGCAAGGAAAAUUCAAACUACUAUCGAAGAUGGAAAUGAGGUGACAAUGAGAUGCAAUGAUAGCUUGUAUAGCGAUGUGGCACGGGAAUUCACUGUAAUUCACAAAAAUUUAAAUAGUUUUAAAAAGUUGUGUUCUUUUUACAUAUCUUCAAUUAAAAUGAUGUUGGCCAAAAGCCUCCCUGCUAUCCGUGAAGGCAAAGAAGAUGAGAGCGCUUUAUCAAAUGUCCUAAACAACCGGGAAAAGUCUCCAUUCAGUCAAGCUCGUCUUAGCAAGUGGUUGGACGCCAAAGAACGAGACAUUAACGUCAUUUGGUCCUGUGUUGAGAUGAUCAUUCGUGAUUCAAAUGCCUAUGUUGUUACUUCAAAGACCGAAUUGGAUCGAGUGGUCCUUACUCCAGGUGUCACAAAUGUUCUUGUCUAUGUUUUCACCAACUUGGACACUGCUGACCGUUAUCUUGAUUCCAUGGCCAAAUUCUUAGACACAUCCCAAUUCCAAGAAACCAAUGAAGAAUCGACCUUCACAAAUGCUGAUAUCAUCCAAAUGAGAGAAGAUGUCCAAAGAUUCCUUAAAUAUGCCAAACCUCUGAGGCGCAGCAGCCGUGUGAAGUUCCUCAUAGCUGCAAUGCCAAAUAAGAAAUACAAGGCAUCGACCAUCUACCAUUACAGGGAUGGUCUUCUGGUCAGUGACAACUUCACAAUACCAUCCCUCCCAGAACCUGAAAAGAUCACAGACAUAAAUGACGUCAUCUGGUAUGCUACUGAGCUCACGUUGGAUGAAAAUACCGUCAACGCAAACCUCACUCUGUCUGAGGGGAACAAGAAGGCGACAAAUGGCACUGCCAGGUCGUAUCCUGCUAACUCAGAUAGGUUUGUGACUGAACCUCAAGUUCUCAGCAACGAAGGGAUGACUGGUCGCCAUUAUUGGGAGGCUGAGUGGAGGGGUCAAGCUUAUGUGGCGGCUGCCUACGCUUCAGUUCCAAGGAAAAAUGAAGGCUUUAUUUCAUCAAAGUUUUCAGAUUUGGUUAGUUCCUGGGCAUUUCGAGUCCAGCAUGAUGCGCAACUUGUGACACAGAUCUUUGGUAUUUACCUAACUUUGACUAAGUACCCCCUUAGUGGCGCAACAACGAUGGGAGUGCUUCUUGACUGGGUAGGUGGUACUCUGUCCUUCUAUGGCGUCGCAGGAAGAAAAAUGAAACACUACUACACCAUGAAAGUGCAAUUUAAAGAACCGGUUCAUGCAGGUUUUGCGGUGCAUAACAAACACAGUUAUGGUUUACUGUCAUCGUUUUAGGUACUGCAGCAAACCCCGGAUUUUCAUUUUAUUAUCAGCUAUGCAACAGUUUUAGAGUCACUAGGUUUAAACGGCAUCGUAGUUCAUCCAUAGCAUAAAUAUUUGAAAUUGACAUCAGCCUAAUACGACAUACGGGUCUUUGAAUUUUUCCCUUUUAACGUCUUUAGAACAUGGAGGAAGAGCGUGAAUGUCCAAGAAGCUGUGUAGUCCGUUUCUUUCGGAAAAAGUAGAUCGCUCGCCAGCAAAUGCUCAAUAUGUAGAACAUAGGUCGAAAAAUGUUUUUGCUUAGUUUAUUUUUGUCAUCGGUUUGUUCCUGUUAAAACCUGAUGAAUUUUAUCUUAAUAUUCACAGAAAACAAAUGUGUCAUUCCCACUAAUAAUUACAGAUUACAAAAUAAAAUAAUUUGGGCAUGAGAAGGUACAUAGGGAAUUUUCAAUAACACGACUUAAUCAUUAUUGGAGCCACAGUUGCUGCUUGUAGCUAAGAUAAUAGUCCCUAAGGCUAGAGGAUAGAAGCCCAGAAAUAUUAACAUACAUACGUAUGUUGGUAAUAUUCAGCUUUGUUUGGGAAUUUUCUUUCACGUUGUUAAAAUAGUAGUUGAACCAACAAAAAUGCUACAUUUGGCUUGACAACCUCUGUUAUGGUCACAUGGUGUGUUCAAAUCUAUAGAA